AUGAGUCCAGCUCAAACCCGCCGUCCGGCUCUUGCCACCUCGUUCUCAACACACAACAUUUUCUGCCGGCCGAUCAUUCCCCCACCAGCGCCGGUAGUGUACGUCAACGGCUGGGACGGCGUCGGGAAGGGGACGGUAUCCGAGUGUUUGACGCUCCUGCUCGGCAGGGACAAGUCCCUGCUCAUUGACGUCCGCAGUGUCGGUUGGGACAGCGUCGAAGAAGGACGCCGUGGCAGCACGCCUCGCACGAACGCGUCGCCACAGAAACAGCACGAUCAGCAUCCCCACUUCCUCCUCACCCCCGAACAUCCCCGCUACUCCUCCUUCGAAACGGACUACGGUGUCAACAGCAUCGCCAGCCCAUCCUUGUGUCAAUCGCCCUCCUCCCCUUCGUCCACAAACCAGUCCGCCUCCCGUCCCACCUCUCUCUGCUCCUCCUCCUCCAGCUUGUUCACUACCACCACCACCACCACCACCACCAACACCACCACCGCCACAAAGGCCACCAUCAUCUCGACGACGACGACGACGACGCCGGAGUGGACAACCCCCUGCAGCAGCGAGAACCUAACCCGCCUGCUCUCGCACCCGGCCAACCGCUACCGCAUCGCCGUGCUGCCGACAUGUGCGCCCGACACGCCCGGCGGACGCGCCACGCUGCGCACCUUCGAGGCGGCGGCGUCGCGCGCCGGCAGGCUGUUUGUCCCCGUCGCGCUGACCUGUUCGCCCGCGACGCAUGCACAGCGCAUCUGCGGCCGGUCUGCGGGGGGGCUGGCGGCCGAUUCGGCGGCCGGGACGACGUCGGGGUCGGGGGCCUCGCGGAUGAUGCGGCUGCACCUGCAUCGGAGGGGGAUCGGCACCGGCCCCGGAAUGGGGAUGGGCAUGGGUGUGGGCUGGACAAACGGCCAGGGCUUAGCGACGUCGAUGAGUACUAGAGCCCUGACGGUGGACACCUCGUCUGUGACGCCGUUCGAGACGGCGUUGCAGAUUGUCGAGUUUGUGAGAGCGCUGCAGGCCGAGCUGGAGGCCGAGCUGUGCAGCAUGGGUGAGAGCACUAAUAAGAUGCCUACGAACUCGCUGGGCAAGGUCGAGAGAGAAAAGUGGUGA